AUGCUCUCCACCACCUUCCUCAUCCAGGCCCUCAGCCUCGUCCCUCUGGGUCUGGCCACCCCCCUCCCCGGCACCCCCGUCGCACCUCGUCAAGCAACAGCAAGCCAAAUCAUCCGCCUCUCCUCCAUCGAAAACCUCGCCGUCCGCUCCACAGGCCAAAUCCUCGCAACAAACAUGAACUCCGCCGCUCUAAUCUCCAUCGACCCCGUCGCCAAAACCUCUUCCACAGCCCUGACCAUCUCCGGCGCCUCCGGCUUGUCAGGCAUAGUCGAGUACGCUCCCGAUUUAUUCGCCGUCAUUGGCGGGAAGGGCAUCUACCGCGUGGAUUUCACUUCCACUCCGCCGAAGAGCGCGCUGAUCAAGACGAUUACUGAGGCGGGGAAUCUGAAUGGUUUGAGUACCUUUACUAAUGAGUCGGUGCUGGUGGGAGAUGCGGGUAAAGGCGUGGUGUUCAGGUUGGACGUGAAUAAGGGGACGUAUGAGCAGGUUAUCAAGGACGCUACCAUGGCUCCUAGCGGGAGCAUCCCGUUCGGUAUCGACGGGUUGCGGUAUCGUUCAUCAGACAGCACACUGUGGUACACGAAUAUCUUCAAGAACUCGUUCCAUCGGCUUACCCUUGACCCCGUCACUGGCCAGGCUGUUGGGUCAGUGACGACGCUUUGGACGAACUUGAUGGGGGAUGAUCUCUGCUUUGGACCAGGCGAGGGGAGCAUGAAGGUGUAUGUGGCUACUAAUGGGAAGAAUAGUCUUGUGGAGGUGGAUACCAGUCAGCAGAAGCCGAGUCCGAAAACGGUGGCGACGGUGAGUGGGAGUACGAGCUGUGCGGUGGGCAGGGGGGAGGGGGAUAAGGGGGUUGUAUAUGUCAGUGGGGGUCAGGGGGUUUAUGCUGUUAAGGUUUAG